GCACAUCCUCGAUGCUGAUCCUGAAUUGAAACAUGAUGACAGCGUUAUGAUCUAAUUCCUCCUUUUACAGUAAGCUCCACAUAAAAACAUGUGACAUAACUAAUAACUGACAAUAAACAUACUCUCAGAUUCUAAAAAGUUGCACAUUGAAAGUGUUUAUCCAACUUUACUGGUUUUGAGGUUAAAUCAGUCUAGUUUGUUAAGAGAAAGUCUUUAUUUGAGGACACAGUGUGUUCCAGGUGGUAGCUCCACGUGCAGCCAGUAGGGGGAAUCGAUUGCUCACGCUGCCGCCAUCCCCUUCUCGUCUCUACUCCUCUUCUCCUCUUCCCUGCGUUCUCCCAGGUUGUGGAAACACUGCAGCCCGCUGGUCUGUGUCUGGAUCCCUCUCGCGCACAGAGCUGCUCAAGACCCUCCUACCGACUGGGCUAGGGGAAGGAGGAGGCAGUCUGCUCUGCUCGCAGCCUCGGACGAGCCCCCUUUACCGCCCUGUCAGUGUGGAGGAGAAGGAGAGAGAGAGAGAGAGAGAAAAGCUGAGAGACUCAGUGAUAGAGAAAGCGCACGUGAGAGAGAGAGAGAGAGAGCGAGAGAGAGAGAGCAACUGUGUGACAGAGGGAAAGAGAAUGAGGCAAGCUGCUUAGAGGAGUGAGAGAGCCGAGGAAGAAAUAAGGAACACAUUUUACAAGAGCAGGAAGAGGGAGGAUCGCAGACGAGGGACUCCUUCUUUACUGGGCACCUGGGACACAGUCACUGUGUUUUUUUUUUUCACUCGUCUUCUAGCUGGAACCCAGUGGAUUGACUAACCAACCAGUGGAUUUUUUAAUAUACGUGUGUGCCACAUCAUUCAGAAACUAGGAUAAUUUCCCUGUGUGAUCUGCUCUCUUGCUAGCUCGACCGCUACAGACUGAGAUUGCUUUCUGUGCCUGUGCUCGGCUCUCGUGUUGUGAUUGUGCUCCGUGCACAAAGUGCAUCUGUCGGCAACCGGUGCUGAGGAUAUCUCCCCUCUGUCAAACAGGACAGCACGCAGCGGAUCAGACUACAGAGGAGAGAGAGAGAGUGUGUGUGUAUGUAAGAGAGGGAAAAAGAGAGAGAGAGAGAGAGAGAGAGAGAGAGGGGCAGUGAGAGAGAGUCAGAUUCACAGUGUGUUUGAGAGAGAGGCAGAUUAAAGCACAGGCGAAAGACUGGAGUGAAACAGCUUAAAUAGAGAAGUGAACCUAUACGUCCUCUCCCGUUUUCCUUGCCAUCCCUUUCCUCCUCCUCUCCUCCUCCUCUUCCUCUCCCAUUUUCCAACAUUUACAGGACUGCCAGAGCUACUGCCACCUGCACCUCUUCACGUCUUCUCUUUCCUCUUCUUCCUCUACCUCACCCUUAUCACGCGUUACUAUCCGAUACCAGCUGCUGACAGACACGCUGCUCUUGGUUCUAGCACUUGUGGAAAUAUUUCCAUUGAUCCAGCAGUGAGAGACUGAGUGAGCAUCCGCCCGAUACUGAGGCUCCGGACUGGUGAGGCACCGUUCAUCAGGAGCUUCUCCAUCAGAGGUAGACCUUCCUCCCAGCCGCUGUCCCGCACGCAGACCCUGCCUUCUCCCUGGAGGACCGGCUAGCAACACAGUGGUGCGGACAGUAAAGACAGGAAUCGCACAGCCCCUCUGCUGCCUCUAUCCCAUUGCUAGCUACUUGGCAGCUCCCACCCCCGUGUCACCAUUCCCUGCCUCAGUGCUAAGGAUUCCAGCUACAUGGGCAAGCGAUUGGAGCAGCAGCCAAUGUACCCUCAGUACACCUACUACUACCCCCACUAUCUCCAGACCAAGCAGCCCUAUGCUCCACCCCCUCAUCCAAUGGCUCCUCCCAGCCCUAGCACCAACAGCUGCAGCCAGGGAGGAGCGGAGCAGCUGAGUAAGACCAACCUGUAUAUCCGAGGCCUGCCACCUGGGACCACCGACCAGGACCUCAUCAAACUCUGCCAACCGUAUGGAAAAAUAGUGUCAACCAAGGCCAUUCUGGAUAAGAACACCAACCAGUGCAAAGGCUAUGGCUUUGUGGAUUUCGACAGCCCAGCUGCAGCACAGAAGGCCGUGUCGUCUCUCAAAGCCACUGGGGUGCAGGCCCAAAUGGCCAAGCAACAAGAGCAAGACCCCACCAACCUGUACAUCUCCAACCUGCCCGUGUCUAUGGAUGAGCAGGAGCUGGAGAACAUGCUGAAACCCUUGGGUCACGUCAUCUCCACGAGGAUACUGAGGGAUGCCAACGGGGUCAGCAGAGGAGUUGGUUUUGCCAGGAUGGAGUCCACAGAGAAAUGUGAAGUAGUGAUACAGCAUUUCAAUGGGAAAUACCUGAAAACUCCGCCAGGCAUUCCAGCUCCCACGGAGCCUUUGCUGUGCAAAUUUGCUGACGGAGGGCAGAAGAAACGCCAGAGCCAGAGCAAAUACCCUCAGAACGGGAGGCCGUGGCACAGAGAAGGCGAGACUGGCAUGGCGUUAACAUACGAUCCCGCUGCAAUGCAGAAUGGGUUCUACUCCUCGCCUUACAGCAUCGCCACCAACCGCAUGAUCGCACAGACCUCCAUCACGCCCUUCAUCGCUGCUUCCCCCGUUUCCACAUAUCAGGUCCAGAGUACGUCAUGGAUGCCUCAUCAACAAUAUGUUAUGCAACCUACAGGUGCAGUGAUCACGCCAGCCAUGGACCACACUAUGUCCAUGCAGCCUGCCAGCAUGAUGGGCCCUCUCACCCAGCAGAUGAACCAUCUGUCCCUGGGCACUACAGGAAGUUACAUGACUGCUGCAGCUGCCGCGGCGCCUAUGCAAGGGACCUACAUUCCCCAGUACACUCCUGUGCCUCCAACAGCCGUCCCUGUCGAAGGAGUGGUGACGGACGCCUCCCCCCAGACAGUGGCUCCCUCAUCACAGGAGGUGGCUGGCCAGCAGCAACAGAUCCAGGUGGACAGCGCUGCCGACCAUGUUCCUGCUUACUCAUACCAGUCCAACAACGGCCUGAGCGAAUGUUCCUGUGACAGCGUUGCCUUGAGACAGAAGGUGGCUGCACUGUGAAUGUGAGGAAAAGAGAAUAGAAAGAGAUUGCUUCCAGAUUGCCCAGGCACCAAAAAAGAGACACUUUUUUCAUUUCCUACCUGGCCUACGAGAAAAAAAAAAAAAAAAAGAAAAAGAAAAACGCAAGAAGGAGGAGGAAAAGAGUGCUGAGGAAGGGGAUGGGAAAAUUGCUGGGCACAGUGCAAAGAAGUGAAAUUGUUUAGUCUGGGAACCUGCCUGAAGGGCUGGGCUGAAGCUUGAAAAGUUUCUCAAAGAAAAUUCUCAACCAAUUAAAAAAAAAAAAGUUAAAAAAAAUACAUAUACAAACAAAUGAAAAAUGACAAAAAAAAAAGGUUGAAUGCGCAGGUAGGUGAUGAAGUUUAUUUUGUAAUUAGAAAAGGGGAGUCAAGUUUGAGAUACACACAGAGAUUGUCUUCCUCAGAUAUUAAGCUACAAUUUCUUUUCACUCUUUUUUAUGUUCUAGUGUUAAAUUUUAGUUUUCUAGAUAUAUUCGAAAAAGUGUUUUUUCUUUCUUGAAUCUUCAUGGCCUUAAUUUGAAGGGCGCCAGAAACUUUUUACAGAGUUAAACUCUGACGUCUGGUUAGGAAAAAAAAAAAAAAAGCAAACAGAGUCAGUCUCUUGGACCACUUGGAGGGUACAAGACACUGGAUGAGUUGUUCUAAAGAGGAAAAAAGAAUCUAUCACAUAAGCUGUACAGAUUUAAUAGAGAAGAGCUUUUUUUUCUUUUCUUCAUUAGAAGAAAACUUUGAUAAUUAUUAUGUCAGAGGUAACUAAGUGUCAGAAGAAAACAAAAUGUCUGUUGGGGAAAAAGACUCGGGGGGGAGAUGAAGCUCUGAAGAGAUUUUUCACAAUGAGGAAAAAAUGAAAACAUAAGGAACAUGCUGCAUUGUGGAUGCAGUCUGUUGCAAAUGCUGAACUUGUUUUUAUUAUCAUAAUUAUUAUUUUACAUGGCAAAGUUGCUGUCAAUGACAUUAGUGCUUUUUAUCUGCCACAUUUUACCUUUUUUAUGAGCUUUAAGAUGUUUUUAGCCCGCUUUGCUUGUCACACUGCAAAAAGACAAAAAAAAGAAGAAAAAAAAUUAUAAAAUGAAAAAAAAAAAAAAAAAAAAAAAACUACGGAAAAAUUCUGGCAGUGAAAUAAAAACAGUAGAUUCAGUAGGAGCUUACGGUUUAAACCAAUCAGUGCAAAAGCAAUAGAAGAAAUUGUUGACAAUUUCUGUAGUCUUUCCUAGUUGUGGAUCAAAUGCAGCCCAUGGAUGGCCAUUUUUAUACCAAAGAUGAAGAGACACUCUGAACCAGAGUUUUGUUUUUGUUUUGUUUUUUUUGUUUUUCCUUUUCAUUUUUCAGUUUGAUUUUGUUGUUGUUGAUGUUGAUGUUGUUGUUGAUGUUAAUGUUGAUAUUGUUGUUGUUGUUGUUGCUGUUGUCGUUGUUUUUUAUUUGACCUUGAUGGCCGGACCAGUCCUUACUAUCCUUCUUUACACUUUCUUUUCAUCGGGUUUAAGCUAAUUUUCCACGGUUGUCCAAGCUGUCACCGAUGCAAACACACACACAGAGACACACACACACACACAUACACACACAGACAGACAGACAGACACACACACACACAGACAGACAGACACACACACACACACACACACACACACACUCUCACAUACUGUAUGUACACAUACAUGCACACACUUACAAACUCAUACACACCCUUCAAACAGUAUUUAAAUGUGCAAUGCAGCCGGUGGCAGCCCUACCAAAAGUCUUUUUUUCUUCUCCUCCUCUUCUCGUCUUUUCAUUUCUUUAUAUGUCUCAUCACUUUUACGAUGCUUUCACACACCGUGGGUGCAUUCCACUUCUCUCUCUUUCUCAGAUCCUGCAGGGAAAACUUUAGGAAACAGAUUCGGGGAAUGUUGCUUGCUAUGCUCCGUGGUCGUCGAUGCAUUGCUUCCAGCUUUGUCCUCUUAGUGAUUUCUGUCCUCAGUCUCUUUAUCUCUUUGAUUCAGCCGUAACUAACUCAACCGUUUCUCAGUUCUCGUACUGAGCUUCAGAGUUGAACUGGGAAUCUCCCUGCUGCUGUUUGACCUCAUUUUAAUCCCUGUCAUGUCGACAUCACCAAAUCUAGGUCACGUUUUUGAGUAUUUAUCUGCUGAGAUUACCAGAUGAGUGGUGUUUAAUGCAUAUUGUACAUCAGAUAAGGUGUAAAUCACAAAACUGACUUUGAAAUCUUUAGCAACGAUUGCAUAAACUUUAUGGAACAAACCUAAUGUACAUAUGUGGCAGCCAAAGAAUAUUAAAACAACUGUUUUAGAAAGUAAUGGUGGUUUAAAGGAGUAGUUUGACAUUUUGCCAAAUAGAGUUAUUCACUUUCCAAGAAUUGGAUGAGAAGAUGGAUAUCACGCUCAUGUCAGUAUGAGCUGCUGGUUAACUUAGCUUAGCACAAAGACUGGAAACAAGGGGAAACAGCUAGCGUGGCUCUGUCCAAAGCUCACAAAUAUUCACCUUCCAGCACCUCUAAAGCUCAAGGAUUAACACAUUAAACCUGGUUUGUUUAAACCAAACAGAAAAGUGAAAUAAUGACACUAUUUCAUGGGGAGUAAUGUUCUGGACUAUUUCUUGGCUAGGUGCAGGGACUUAACUGUCGUCUUUGUCGUUAGACAACCAGCAGAGACUCCGGGAAGUUAUUCUGAAGAAAUGUCAUACUAUUCCUUUAAAACACUUUUGAACAGAGACACAAUGACUCCACAUCUGUAAAGCAGGAAACUUCGCUUUGAAAGAUCCUGUUUGAAUUGUAAGACUGCCAUCACUGUGUGACACUAACAAGGCAUGGAAGAAGUGUGUUUAAAGGCUACAGAGGGACUGUCUGUCUUAAACUUCCCCCUGAUCGUUUGCCCAGUGCAAGCAGUGGAGGUCAGCACACCUGUGGGACCUAACUAGACUCCUCACCAGCCAUAACAACAUGUUGAUGGCAGCUCCUUCCUCGACCCCACCGCUGAGUGUCAGUUACACCCCUGGUUGUCCCAAUUUGUUGCACAAACAACCCCGACUCAUCUUAUCCGGUCUUUCCAUCUCAGAGCUGCACGAGGUUUUCAAUGACUUCAUCUCUGAGGAUUGUCCCUGAAGAAAUUGCCUGUGGGACAGCAGCCAUUUCUGCCCCCAUUACAGCAGCCUGUGUGUGUGUCAGGAGCACUGUGUGUCUGCUCUGUUCACUCAUGCCCGCCCGCUCUGCCCCAACAGUGGUGCUCCGGCACUAAAAAGACCCCGUUUUUUUUCCCUGCUUCACUGGCACCAUUAAUGUGCCAAGGCCAAGCCAGGCUCCUUUGCUCUCAUUUUCCCUCGCUGUCAUUCUCUCCCUCUUCCCCCUCUCUCCUGCUCUCUCUCUCUCUCUCUCUCUCUCUCUCUCUCUCUCUCUGAGGUUUCUUCUCUUUAUUGGAUGGUGCAGAAGCAGAACCACAAACCAAUUUCAGUCACUCUCGCAAUGAGGCUUGACGGGCCCAAUUUGUCUCCCUCCGGGGCAAUAGGAUCCACUCCAGUGUCCCUCAAAAGGCCCUUUUCUUCCAAACAGAGAAGGAGCUUUUUGUUUGGUGACAAUUGCAAUUGAGCUCUCGCAGUUCAUGUGACUCAUUCAAAUCUAAGUCCAGCGCUGCAUUUUGGGACGAGGUGGCGUGUUGUGCACAUUACAGGCAAGCUAUGUCAUUGUGCGUGGCGAUGUUUGUAACUAACAAUCAAAUUGUACAUCGAGUGCCUUUUUAACAAAGCUUCCAAAUGAUUCCAAAUUAUCAAUGUGAUAGUUAAAAACAGCAAAGCACAUGGGAGAGCGUGUUAAAGAAGGUGUGCUGAAGAAAUGCUACACAAUAUCGAAGCUACUCUAUGGUGCUAAAGAGGAAGCUGUCUCGGGCUUGUGCCUUCAUUGUGUUCACUGGUCUCUGUGACGAGCUGGCCACUGUUGAUCAUUUUGCCAUGAACUCACUCUUUGCAGGCCACCUGUCCACUUGACGACACACAAAAAGAAAGAGGAACACAGGUUCCUGUCGGGAACUAUACUUUCAAAGCCAUACAUACAUUUUCUUCUCCUCAGUAACACUGUAAAUACCUGCUGUACAUUCUUGUCUUCCAUCCACCAACGGAGGUCAAAAGCCAAAUGCGUCAUUCAAACUGUCUCUCAGUGAUCAUUCAGCUAUUUAUUGUCCAAUCAAAUCAACACCUGCCCUUUUCCUUUCAUCUGAUCUGCCACUCAACAUCUGCUUUCACUUGCCUCAAGGCCAUGAUUCGCUCUUAUCUCCCGAUGAAUAAGUCUCUGCCACAUUACAGUCUUUAAAGGCUAACGGCUGACAAAUGUUGGGCUUUAGAGCUCCCUGGACGUGCCCACACUGCUCAUCUGUUCGUCAUUGUUGCAUGAACUCACUGUGUCUGAACCAUUUUUAAACGACAGAGCUGCUACACUAUAACUUAACCAGUUUUAAGCUAGUAUGUGUGUGUGUCUGCGUGCGUGUGUGAAGAGUUGUUCUACUCAACAGUUCAACUUUUAGUGAGGUUAUGAAUACAGCAUAGCUACAACCGAGUUCUCUAGACUUUUACGGCUGCUGUUUUAUAGAGUACUGAAGACAUUUUUGAAGCUUAAUAGGACUCAUAAUGCAGGAGUUGCACAUCAGAGAGCAGAUCGUCCUACAAAUGGCCUGAGAUUCAAUAGUCAUGGCAUUAGGGGAAAUAGGAUUACAAAUAGUCAAGAGAUUAUGGGAAGAAAUGCACAACAAAGACUAUCAGCUCUAUUUUGCUAAUGGAGAUUUUAAGAAAGAAAAAUACGUUAAGGCAAGUGUUUGCUUUUGGUGCACGGUACUAAUAUUUCACAGAGAUUGGACAGAUUACCCGACUGAACAAAUAGAAAUGGCUUUUUCUUAAUAGCACAAUGGCAUAAUGUACCUUUUCAGAAUACCAAUACCUUCGUGGAAGUGUACAGAAGGCAUGCCUGCAAUUUUAAGGAGGCUGUAGCAGAAACGCUCUGCUCCCAGUCAGCCCAUGUGUCAGCACAAACCAGAAGCCAGCUAUGCCAAGAGAGAAAGUGUGUGUAUGUGUGUGUGUGUGUGUGUGUGCGUGCGUGUGUGUGUGCGUGCAUACGUGUGUGUGUGUGUUUGCAUGCGUGUGUGAGAGAGUGAGAGAGAAAGAAAGAGAGAGGGGGGAUCAUUAGCUCAUGUUGCCAGGCAGAAGUGGUCGUAGCCUGGAGUUUCUCCGUCUUCGUGCAGCAGUAUGUCCCCGCUACUGAAUUCCAGGAGGUGACCAGCUUGACCCCUCACUAAUUAGCAACACAUACUCUUCCUGUCUUGCACCACCAUACCCAGACAGUAUCUUUCUCUUCUUUAUCCACACAGUCACUCUUCAUUUUCCACCUCUUCCAUGCCUGCGUUUUGUAUUUAGCAUACCGUAGCAUGUCCACUCAAAGUCCACAUCAGCAUCUUUUCCACCUUCGGGAAAAACAUCAAAGUGAAAGAUUCUCUCAUCGUCUUUAGAGAAGAUUGGCCAGAGAUCGGGGGGGGCACUCCACCUCAUUCGCAUCACGCAACCUAUGAUUUGCAACAUGAUAUCAAGUCGUCAUGAUAAUUUUGAUGAUUAAUGUCACGAAUCAAAACAAAAGCCAGAUUGCACCCCAGGCGAGAGCAUGCAAGAGGACUUUCAUUUAUCUGCAAUUUGCAAUGAUCAUUUCUGAAACAUGAUGCUAACACCAGUUGCAGUAGGCGUGAGGGAUCACAGGUCAAAUCAGCAGGGAGAGCAGGUCGAAGGACGUCAUUCACACUGCUGACUGCUGGCCCAACACUCUUUACCGUGUCAGGAUGAUCCUGUUUGCUGCCAUAGUUCCAGAAAGUAAAGUUUAUGCAAUCAUCAAAAUUUAGUUACAAGCAUUGUUUUGUGGGUAAACGUCUAUCUGAAAAUAACAGAAUUUUCAUAAUGCGGUAAAUCUCACUCGUCUGGUGCCCCAAGAGAGUCAAGUCAUAUGCUUUGAAUUGUUUUCGACUACUGUUUGAUGCAGGGAGGAGGAAUGAUGCUGUAGAUUUAGAAAAAAAUGUGGGGAAAUGCAACCUUUCAUUCCUCGUCGGUUUUCUUUGGAUAACUCACACACUCGCUACAAGGUAAAUCUGAUUUUUCUGUGAGCUUACCUACUCUCAGAUACCGGAUAAAUACACAUCUUGAGAUUUUACCUACAUCCUGGUUUUCUCCGGUGUCGGUCUUUCAAGGCGAGGUGCUUACUUCACUGCCUUUUCUUAGGAAAAAAAAGAAAAAAAAAGUUUUCUCAAUCCGUCCCUUGCUCACCAUUUCUCUCAGUCACUGCCACCAUCCCUAAAUCUGACAUGAUUCAGACUGUCAUUUAUGUAUUGUGGCCUCCACGCUGUCACAGGAGGAAACUCAUUAGAUGUAUUACAUGUCAUACUCAGUUGAUGCGAGGCUCUUGCAGAUUCAUCUUUUGUGAAUGGAGUCGCAGCCGUUCCACAUUGAUUCCCGUGUGUUAGGAAAACAGUAGUUCAGAGUUACUCUCACAGCUUGUCUCUCACAGCAGAGUGUAAAGGAGAACCGUGGCUCAAUAACUCAUCACAGACUAGGGCAUACACACACACACACACACACACAUGCACUUACACACACUCUCCACACACAUAAUGCAGUGGGAAAAUUGCUCAAACUACCCCCCAUAAAAGCGAGGCCCUGUGCUUUUUAAUUGAUGCUUCGGUCCACCUUUGAUGAGAACUAUCGAUUGGCCACACAACCCCAGGAGCGCAGCCGGUCGGUCGGUCGGUCGGUCGGUCGGUCGGUCGAUCGGUCAGUCAGUCAGUUAGUCAGCCAGCCAGCCAGCACACCCCUCGUGGAGUUCAAGUGUGUUAGGCAAGGGACUCAUUUACCGGUUAAAAAGAGGAACUAUUUAUUAGGACAGCAGAGCGGUUUUUUAUUUGUUUUUUGUUAGUUUUCUCUUUUUCUUGUUUCUGUUUCUUUUUCACUUUUUCUUUUGUUUCAGCGCCGAGGAGGACAUGGUCACGCCUCGCACACGCUGCUCAGUGUGUGUGAUCUUUGAGAAACUAUCUGUACAUCUGUGGAUGUUAGGAUCUGACUUGGGUUUUAUGAGUUGUUUUUUUUUCUCUCUGAUGAAGCUUUCAAUAAAAAAAUGUGGAAAAAAGCA